UUCCAUGCCAGCGGGCUACAGUGCGUAAAUACCCACCGCAAAUCCGCACGAAGACUAGGGUUGAGUUAAUGUAGGUUUGGGGAAGCUCCGUAUCUCAUCUCUCUUCUGUGGUGCUCAGGGUGAUUGUCAUUUCUCUGGUUGUGGUCUGGUGUGCUCAGCAGAGGGGAAGAGUGAUAAUAUUUUUUUUUUUGACUAUGGCGUCUUAUGUAGAUGAGUUCAUUCGCUUUCCAUCAGAGGAAUUGUUAGACUUAGGUACUAAAGAACAGCUGUUGAAGGUGGCUGAACAUUACAAGGUUGAAAUUAGUGAUAAACGUCUAAAGAAUUCUAUUAGGUUGAUAUUGAAGGCCAAUCUGAUGGAGAGUGGUAUUCUUGAAGUUACUACUGGGCCAGCCUCUGCUGAGGAGUCAUCUCCCCGUAAUGUUACAAUGGCCAUUCAAUCGGUUAGUCCUAGUAGUCUUCUUUUUGAACAGCAGAAAGAACUGCUCCUGUUACAGCUGCAGCAUGAUCGUGAGAAGCUAGAGCAUGAUCGGCAGCAUGAUCGUGACAAGCUAAAUCAUGAUCGUGUAAAGUAUGAAAAGGAAUUAGCAUUUAAACAAGAUAUGGAGAUGGCUAAAAUCAAGUUGCAACAAGAACGGAUAGAGUUGAUUAGGGAAGGAAAGAUUUCAGGGGAGAGUUUGUUCUGGGAAGGUGACCAAGAGUUACCUAGGGGUCGUUCCUCUUUUGGUCGUGCCCCGGACAUAUUUGAUAUUGUUGGGAACUUACGGUUAUUGCCUCAGUUUAAUGAAAAGGACCCUGAGACAUUCUUUUUGUUGUUUGAGCGUGUUGCUGACGCUAGGAGUUGGCCUGAUUCUGACCGCACCUUAAUGUUGCAGUGUGUGCUGACUGGUAAAGCGCAGGAAGCAUAUUCAGCUCUUAGUGUACACGACAGUACCUGUUAUGAUAAGGUUAAAAUGGCUGUGUUGCAGAUUUAUGAAUUGGUCCCUGAGGCUUACCGCCAACGAUUUAGAACUUUAAAAAGGGAUGAUCAACAGACUCAUGUGGAGUUUGCGCGACAAUUAUCUGUACAGUUUAAUCGCUGGUGUUCUGCCUCUGCAGUUGUGACUUUCCAAGGGCUGUGUGAUCUGAUUAUGUUAGAGCAAUUUAAGGACACAAUCCCUGAUCGUAUUGCCACGUAUAUUAACGAACGAAAAGUAAAGAAUGUCGUUGAAGCAGCGGUUUUGGCGGAUGAGUAUAUGUUAACUCACAAAAGAGUCUUUGCAGAGCCCCGUAUUCGGAAUGAGUGGGGGCGUUCGGAUAGAUUUGGGCUUCGCUCACCGAGAUACUUUGGUUCACGGGCAGAGUUCAAUUCAACUAGGGUUGAGCCUGAAUCCCGUGGAAGAGCUGACUUUGGGCAAGAGUGUCAUUACUGUCAUGAUUCAGGUCAUUGGAAAAACGAAUGUCCGAUUCUCAGGGAAAAGGACAAAUUCAGUACGCGUGAUUACGUUAAAUCUAAGCCUACGGCGUUAGCUGCGCCUGUUUCACAUCAGUUCACUCAUGACACAUGGUCUCAGGGGCAGGUGAAAGUCCAUAUUCACUCAGGCUAUUUACCUUUCAUUACGGAAGGUUUUGUGUCUAUAUUAGGGAGUAAGGAAUUGGUGCCAGUGAAGAUCUUGAGAGACACAGGUGCCUCCGAAUCGUUUGUGUUGGAGUCUGUGUUACCCUUUUCAGCUGAGACUGAUUCGGGGAAGAGUGUUCUAAUUAGGGGGAUAGGUUUGAACACUCUUUCAGUUCCAUUACAUAAAAUGAUGUUGGAUUGUGGGCUGGUAAAAGGUGAGGUUGUUGUGGGGGUGCGUCCUUCGUUGCCUAUUGAGGGUGUUGACGUUGUUCUUGGGAAUAACUUGGCUGGUGAUCGUGUAUGGCCUGUCGUGUUUCCAUCUCGAGUUGUUCCCAUAAAGCCGUCAGUUGUUGAGAUUCCAGAUGAGAGUGUACAGAGCUCCCCAGGGAUGUUCCGUGCGUGUGCAGUGAUGAGUUCUAUGAGUCGUGGCGAACUGGUCUCUGUGCCGACUGAUGAGAAUACCACAAAGAAGUAUGCCACUGCUUUCCCUGUUAUUCCGUUGUCUGUUACCCACUCAGAUCUAGUCAGUGCGCAGCGGACUGACCCCACAUUGGAAGAGUUGCGUGACCAAAUUGUGCCUGUGGAACAGUUGGGAGAUGUCACCCAUUGCUAUUUUCUCAAAGAGGAUGUCCUGAUGAGAAAGUGGGUGUCUCAUGGUAGUCGUUUUCUGGGGGAGGCGAUUAGUCAGGUUGUGGUACCAGUAAAGCUUCGUGAGUUGGUUUUGACAACUUCUCACAAUGGUGUUGCUGGACAUAUGGGUGUGAGGAAAACAUACCAUCGCAUAUUACGACAUUUCUUUUGGCCUAGAUUAAAGAGGGAUGUCUCUGAUUUCAUCAAAACUUGUCACACCUGUCAAUUAACUGGUAAACCUAAUCAAGCUAUUAAGCCGGUACCACUGUUUCCUACUCCUGUACUCAGCCAACCUUUUGAGUAUUCGAUCAUUGACUGUGUGGGUCCUUGGCCUCGUACAAAAAAAAAAGGUAGAGUGAAAUGAGUAGUCUGUUACGUUGGGAAGUGGCUAUGAAUCGUUUGGGAGUUUAAAAAAAAUUAAGGACUUUGUUCUUUUCGUUGGAGGUUGUAGCUGAUGUGGUCUCGUGCGCCCUCUUCCUGAAUGUUUGUAUGGUCAGGUUCUGUCUUUCCUGUCUAUUCCGUCCUGGUCUGGGGAGCCUUCUUUCCUCUUAAAAGUUGCUUCCUAUGCACUAAUGUUGCUGAGGUCUGGGGUGUCUUCUUUUCUCUUAAAUGUUGCUUCCUAUGUAUUAAGGUUGCUGAGGUCUGGGGAGUCUUCUUUCCUCUUAAAGGUUGCUUCCCGUGCACAAAGGUUGCUGAGGUCUGGAGAGGAGAUUGGCUGGGGCAAAUUUGGAAGAGGGAACACGUACCCCUCAUAAAUUUGGGACGCAAGUGCUGUGUCAGUUUGGGACGCAGAGGGCGGUAUGUUGUUCCGGGGUCCUUGUUGGUCCCCGGUUUUAUGGGGGGGAAUGUGACGACCCUCCCACUCUGUCUACCGUUUUCUCUCUCUCCUUGCUCUUGUUUCCCUAUUAGGAUGCCGGUGGGUGGAGUUGGGAGGGUCGUCAGCUACAUGGGGAACACCUGGGCCCACUCUCCCAGGAUAAAAUCACCACUUCCCCAUUCAUCAAGGAGACUCUCUCCAUACAGACACUUUGAUAGAUUUUGUUGCGUUUGGUUGUGCUUUUUGGUUGUUUGUUUUAGCAUCUUUCAACACCUUGCAUUAUCACAUUCAUCCAUGCAAAACAUUCACUUACACUACUGAUUACUGAACACACACACCAUUGUAUAUUAUACAUAGUUUCUUUAUUUAAUAAAUAUAUAUUUUGUUACUUCUUAUCUCCACGUGUCUCCCUUUUGUUACGGGCUUUGAGCCGGUUCGUG